AUGCCUUCGUUCCCGGACUUCGAUCUUUACGAGGCUCUCGAGGUCACUAAAGAUGCUUCUGCACAGGACAUUACAGUUUCUUAUCGUCGAUUAGCAAGACUUUACCACCCGGACAAAAAUCUUGAUAAUGCUGAUGCCACUGCUGAAUUUCAAAAGUUGCAAGCUGCCCACGAAAUCCUUUCUGAUGAACGCCAACGCAGAGAGUAUGAUCUUGCAGUAGACUCUGAGCAAUUCAGUGGAGAAAGUUCACAACAUCGCUCUCAAGGAUACGGUGAGUAUAUGUCUCAACAUAUGUUUAGUAUGUUUGUCCGACAUAUUUUUACCCAAGCAUCCUCAAGAUUUGCUCGACCCGAGGCAGAAACAUGGUGCCGAGAAUAUGAGGCUCGAAGAAGAGAAGAGGAAGAUGCACGAGAGAGAGAAGAGAAAGCUACAAGAGAAGCCGAUCGAGCCGCUGCCAGAAUUAAAAGAGCCGAACGCGAAGCUGCCGAACAAGCCAGACGUGAUGAAGAAACCAAACGUGAGCAAGCAGCCAAGUUGAAGAAGGCAAUGGAAGAUGCUGCUAUUGCUGCACGUAACGAGGAGGUAGAGAAGCAAUUUAAGUUGAAAAUGGAAAGAAUAUUUGCCGCGAAAGGUUGUGUUACGGAUGAUGAAAAUGGUUGUUUUUCGGUUGAUGGGGAGAUUGAUUUGGCGUUUGAUGAAAAAGGCUCGCCGGGUUCAUCUAUUCAUUGCAACUUACUGCUUAAGGUCGGAGAUGUGGAGGGGGGUAUCGUCUAUUCCCUUACAACUUUCAAUGCUUCAGCUCGGAAAUGGGAAAGGGAGUGCUGGUGA